UUAAUGGUGCGUCUCUUUCUAACCAGAAAUUGGUCUUUUUUUGUCAAAUGUACAAUCUCAAUUAUAGCGAUUAAGAAGGAUUCUUUAAGGGACUUGUGACCUAUUUUAUGUAUUAAUCCCUCUUUAAUUCUGUAAAAUACGUCCUCACUUUGGGUUGAGCAUCUCCAACCAGGCCAGAAGUGGUUGCAGCAUGGGACUCAGCUGCUUUAAGUCUUGGAAAUAUGACAGUACAGGCCACAAAGGUAACAGAGACGUGCUGGCCAGCCCAGGAUCCUAUUUCUUCCUAUCUAACAGCGCCGGUCAGGGUGACGAGUGGUUGAAGAGCCUCAACAAGGGAGUCUGGAUCCCUUUCACAGGGGUUUUUGGGCAACGCCUGGAGGAGACGGUGCUGUAUGAGCGUCGGUAUGGGGUGCGCUUGGUUCCCCUGGUGGUGGAGCAGUGUGUGACAUUCAUCCGUGAACGUGGUCUGCAUGAGGUGGGCUUGUUUCGCCAGCCUGGACGCGCCAGUCUGGUGAAAGAACUUCAGGAGGCUUUUGAUUCUGGUGAACGGCCGUCUUUUGACAGCAGGACAGACGUCCACACUGUGGCGUCACUGCUGAAGCUCUACCUCAGGCAGCUACCAGAACCUCUGGUUCCCUACAGCCACUACCAGGACUUUCUGCUCUGCGGUCAGAAGCUGCUAAGUGACCGUACAGUGGGUCUGGAGGAGUUGAAGAAUCUUCUUCAUGAGUUACCCGUCGCAAACUUCAACCUACUCAACUUUAUCUGCCAGUUUCUGAAUGAGGUCCAGAGCUGCUCCAGCAGUAAUAAGAUGAACGUCCAGAACCUGGCGACCGUGUUUGGACCAAACAUCCUUCGAGCCAAAGCUGAAGACCCACAAAGCAUCAUGGGAGCUGCAAACCUGGUCCAGGUGCUCAUGUCAGAGCUGAUCAGAGAACAUGAAUCUCUGUUUGCCAAGUUCCCUCCUUCUGCCUGCUUGCAUCCUUCUGCAACGCCUUUGAAGCAACCCCAUCUCCAGCCACCGCCCUGCCUUCGCCAGCUGUCUUUGCCUCUUAUUGCAGACCACUCCAGUGAAUCAGGACAACCAGCCGCACAUGCAGACCACACUAGUUGUAUCUUCUCUGCUGCUGGUAAAUCAGACUUGUUCUCUGGUCAGAAGAAACACCUUGGCCAUCGCUACACUUCCUCCCAUCCAGAGAACUGCUUCUACCCCUUGCCUUCUUCCAGUGAGUCCAUCAACCACCACCCUGGCAGGCACCAAGGAGAUUUUUACAAGUACCAUGCUGGGCAGGGUUCAUCUUCUGCAAAUGCUCAAGCCACAACAACCAACCCCCAGCUACAGGCUGAAAGCUCAAAUCGGGGGGCAAUGGGAUGGCAAUGCCAAGAAAAGGCAGCUUCUGCCUACUGGAGCUGUAGUGGAGCAGAGGAAGAGGCUGAUAUUCCUGAAGCAGCCAGUGGGGGGAGCAGUCAAGCACAGGAGGACAGUACACCCUCUGUCUAUGACAACCUGGACAGAGCCUCUUUGUCUCACACAUUGGAGAAUGUUCCUACUGAGAACUUUGAUUCAGAUUCUCUAGGAACCAAUGUUGGAAUGUGUAAAGCAGAGGUAGAUCGAGCGGAACUGGGGAAGGCAGGAGACUCCUCUUCCUCCUGGUCUUCCUGUGAAGUUCUACCAUUAGAUGAAAGCAAUGAUGACCUGGGGGUCAGUAGUCCUGAUAUCCCACCAAAGAGAUCCAGAAUGUUGCCUCUGAGUCAGAGAACAGAACAGGAAAUUUGUGAUAAAGAUGCUCAUGAUGGCAAUAGUGCCAAGCAACAUCCAAGCUCCUGGGCUUCCUGUUCUGUCAUCAGCAUCAGCCCUCUCAGCACAGGGAGCUCAGAGGUCUUCCUCCCCUCUGGGGCUCCAGAUCUCCAGGUUCAAGAGUCUCACGUAGAAUCGAGGGACCCUAAUUCUCUGCUGGCCAACCUGAGGCAGCAGAUGACUCAGCAGAAGGCAGAGUACCAAAACAGGAUUGAGAGGUUGGAGCGCUGCAAUGACGUCCUCGAACGGCAAGUUGCCGUUCUGCGACUCAGUCUGGAGCAGCAGAGGCGAAGCCAGAGCGUGGCGGAGAUCAAGAUCAGAAACAUGGAGCAAGCCAAGGCAGAUGCAGACCGCCGGAACACCACCCUUCAGAGGGAGAUGGAGCUGUUCUUCAGGACAUAUGGAGAAAUAAGGAGAAGAGGAGGAGAUCUGGGAAGAGCUGGCGGAGGAAGCAUCUGAAGACUGAAAGUUUUUCUCAGCAGGAGUGAAGAAGGGAAGAAAAAAAGCUGCAAUUAGCAUUGGACAGAUUAUGUCAAGAUGAGUUAAUGGUAUGAAAACAGAAACAAGAACAUCACGUUAGUGGAGGUUCACGUUAUUAAAGGUCAGGUCUGAUGGCAUUUUUUUUUUUAGAAAUUUGCCUUUAAAUCUCAAAUUAAUUCUUGUCUUCCUAGGCAACUCAGGCAGCACACUGAAGCCUGUGAUGUAAGACUGAGACUCAGUCAGUCCCAUGUGUCUCCAUGUGAUAAAGCAUCAGUUUUAUGUUCCACAUACAGUCAAAACUGUACGCCUUCAUUUACUCCAAAAAGCCCAGACUGACAGAAUGAUGUACGUGUCGGCGUGACCUGUUUGUUAAAACAGUUAACAUAUUGACAUUAAAGACCAUUUUGCUCUUUACAAAAUCGUGGUGGAAAUGAAAUAAGAUUCAUAAAUUAUAAUAUGUAAAACUAAAAUUAUUCCAACACUUUAUUCAUUUUGUUUUUAAGACAUCUUUAAGAAUUAUGAGUAAAUAUUUUUAGUUCCGCCUUUACUAAUUUAAGGGCACAUUUACAAAUCUAUAAGGUCCCAGAACUCCCAACAAAAAGCAGUAAAGAAUACACAACUACUGAACUUUAAAUAGGUGGGGGUCCACUGUUCAUUGAUUCAUUACUCACAGAUUCUUCAAAGGUUACUUUUGAUGAUUGUGGCCAAUGAAAACCCAAAUUGAGCUCAUUAGAAUGUCUUAUACUACAUUAAAUAAAUAAUAAAACUUGGUUAAAUGACAUAAAUGCUGACAUUCUGAUUUCUUGAGACGUGAAAGACCUGCACCUUUCAUAUCACAUCCACCUGGACUCUCAAUAUUUAUGUCGGCGCAUUGUCAUUUGAGACCUGAAACCACUGUUUUCCGCAUGAAAAAUCUUUUUUAAUAAAACCUAUUUUAAUCCACUUUCUUUUAUUAAUUAUUGCCAGUUAGUCUGACAUGAAUUAAAUGAAAACUGAAAGCAGGUCUCGUCGCAGGAGGAUGAGAUCUACUGUGAGCAAC